AUGACGAACGACGUCAUAGCCGCCAGCGACGUGGAGGAGGGGUGGUACGACCCGACCAAGAUCUGGACGACGCUGCUGACGAACCGCGCCUACUUCGGCGGCCUGCUGGUGCUGCACCACUCGCUGCGCCGCCAGCGCAGCCGGUACCGCCUCGUCGUCAUGGUGACGCGGGAUGUCGAGGCCGACACCGAGUACAUGGAGGCUUUUGCGGUCGCCGGCAUCCCCACCAUCGUCGUCGAUAAGAUCGAGCCCGCCCCUCGCGAUGGCAAGGUGAAUAAGGGGACGUGGGAGAAGCUGGCGCCGUGGUCCUUCACGCAGUAUGAGCGCGUCGUCCUCCUCGACAGCGACCAAGUGAUCCUGCAAAACAUCGACGACAUGAUGGCCGUGCCGAUCCCAGCCGGCUGGAUCGCCAGCACGCACGCCUGCACCUGCAACCCGCGCAAGCUCGCGCACUACAGCAAGGAGUGGGUGCCGGAGAACUGCGCCUUCACCGCCGCCGACCAGGCCACCGGCGCCCCCGCCCCCAUCACCGCGUCCAGCCACGCCAACCACCACCUGCUCAACAGCGGCACCGUGAUCCUCACCCCCUCUAAGGAGCAGUUCGGCGCCCUCAUCCACGCCAUGAACACCCACCCCGACGUCCCCACCAUGCUCUUCUUCGACCAGGACCUCCUCGCCAUCGUCUACCGCGGCCGCUGGAAGCCGCUGCCGUACGCGUAUAACGCGCUCAAGCCGAUGCGCGCCUGCCACGCGGGGUUGUGGAAGGACGGCGAUGUGAAGAUUCUGCACUAUAUCCUGAACAAGCCGUGGAAGAGCCGCACGUACGACGCGGAGGACACGAUUGAGUCGACGCACAAGCUGUGGUGGGACGAGUUUGCGCUGGUGGAGAGGGAGUGGACGGGGAGUGGUGCGGGGGAGAAGAAGAGGGCGCUGUGGGAGAGCGUUGUGGUGCCGGUUGUUGCGCAGGAGUGA